AUGGCUCCCCAGCAGCAAGACACCCAGACGGCGGCGGUGGCCCCGACCCGGGCCCUCACUGCGCCCACUCCCGCGACGAAAUUGUCGCCUCCCACCGCUUCGUCAAAGCCCGUCAAGAACGCACUGAACCAGGAGGUGGAGCACGCCCAGUUCGAGCACCCGGAGCUCAAGUCCGUGUACCCCACGACCACGUACGACCCGAUCCCCGUGCUGCCGUACCAAGACCGCGCGCUCAAGGCCGACCCGACGUUCAAGAACCUGCUCGAGCACGCGACCGUGACGCACCUGGCGCCCAAGAUCGGCACGGAGCUGUCGGGCAUCCAGCUGCACGAGCUGACGGACGCGCAGCGCGACGAGCUGGCGCUGCUGGUGGCGGAGCGGGGCGUCGUGUUCUUCCGCGACCAGGAGAUCGACAUCGACCAGCAGCUCGAGCUCGGACGCUACUACGGCCCGCUGCACGUGCACCAGAACCAUGGCCACCCGGACGGGUACCCGGAGGUGCUAGUCGUGGAGAACUCGGUUGAGGACAGCGAGCGGAUCCUCAGGCGGCAGGAGUUCGACCCGGACAACGUGUGGCACAGCGACGUGUCGAACGAGCGCCAGCCGCCGUCCUACACGAGCUUCAAGGUGUUGACGAACCCGCCUGUGGGGGGCGACACGCUCUGGGCGUCCGGCUACGAGGCGUACGACCGCCUCACACCGCUGUUCAAGAGCUUCCUCGAAGGGCUCACGGCCAUUCACAGCAGCAAGAGCCAAGCGGAGCGAGCAGACCGUCGAGGCCACACUAUUCGUCGGCCGCCGGUCGAGUUCGAGCACCCGGUGGUGCGCACCCACCCGGUCACCGGCCGCAAGUCUCUCUACGUGAACCCGGCCUUCACGACGCGCAUCCCGCAGCUCUCGUCCCGCGAAUCAGCCGCGGUGCUGAAGCUGCUGUACAAGCACAUUACGGAGGGCCACGAGUUCCAGGUCCGCUUCCGCUGGACGAAGAACGCGGUGGCCAUCUGGGACAACCGCUCGACGGCCCACUACGCGACGUUCGACUACCUGCCGGGUAACAGACACGCGGUUCGAGUGACCACGCAGGGUGAGAUCCCUUACUUCGACGGAGAAGUGAAGAAGCCGUGA